CACGUGGAGUGUCGAUGUACGACCGGGAAAGGAAAAAAAGUGAAAAAUCCAGGUUUUUCAUCUAGUUUUUAAGUGAAAAUGGGCAAGAUUUUGGUAAUUGAGGCUUUUUAUGGGGGUUCACAUAAGCAACUCAUCGACACGGUCAUGCAAAAUUUUCAUCAUGACGAAUACGAUUUGUUCACUUUGUCAGCCAAAAAGUGGCAUUGGAGAGCUCGAACCUCAGCUCUUUACUUCUCACAAACUAUUCCAACGGAUCAAAAUUACUCGUUAAUUUUUGCUUCUUCCGUUUUGCCGCUCGCUGAAUUCCUUGGAAUGAGACCGGAUCUCCAAAAAUGCAAGAAAAUCGUAUAUUUCCACGAAAAUCAGCUCGUUUAUCCGCGUCAAGAGAUCAAAAAGGAGCGUGAUUGUCAAUAUGGACUAAAUCAACUGACGACAUGCCUCGCUGCUGAUGAAAUCAUCUUCAAUUCAAAAUUUAAUCAAGACUCUUUUUUAGACAAUAUAAAUUCGUUUCUCAACAUUCAAGCGGAUUACAAGCCUCGAGGCUUGAAAGAAAAAAUUCUCGCCAAAUCAAGUGUUCUCUACUUUCCCAUUCAGUUCGAGUACUUGCCAACACGCGAAAUUUCCAAUGACGAAAAAUCCAAAGUACUGACUCUCGUUUGGCCUCAUCGAUGGGAACACGACAAAAAUCCGCAGUUACUGACGAAUGUCUUGCAGGAACUAAAUAAACGCCAAGUUGACUUCAAAGUUUCCAUUUUGGGACAAAAUUCUCAAGUCAUUCCGGAUUGCUUUGCAACACUCAAAGACGAACUCGGCACGAAACUAGUCAAUUUCGGAUUUCUCACCAAAGAUGAGUACUUCAAGACGUUACUCGAGGCAGAUGUCGUCAUCUCAACUGCUGGACACGAAUUUUACGGAGUCUCAAUGUUGGAAGCUACCUUUUGCGGAUGCGUUCCAAUUGCUCCCGCGAGACUUGUGUACCCGGAAAUUUAUCCAAAAGCCAAUUUAUACAACACAUCGAACCAAUUGUUGAAGAUUUUGUAUAAUUGGGCACGAAAUCGGCAUUUAUUCAAAGCGGAUCGUGAGAAAUUUUUCAUGAACUUUGAUUUUAAACAAUAUUCUGCGAAGGAAUUGGUACCGCAAUACAUAAAAAGACUCAAAUCAACGGAAGAAGUUGCAAUUCUAGCAACUAAUUGAAUGAAAUAUUCAAAAAUUUAGUGAAAAUGGGACCACAUUUCACAGUCAACUAAUGAAUUUUACUCAUAUCGUACGGUUUCAGUCGUAAUUUUUACCAAAAAUCGCUCGUUACUUGUUAAUUUAAGAAAUUUCAAGUUUUUAUUUUAAAUAGGACAAUUUUUGAGUCUUCCUUGUUGUGUUAAACUCAUGAGCAACGAACAUUUUUUUAAUAAAAAUAAAAAAAUCUCGAUGUUA